AAUGCCAUGGAAGGGUACAGAAUGACAUUGUAACAGUUCAUACCCCAUUCCAUUAUUCGUUUUAUUUAUUUAUAUAUUUUAUAGCAAGGGAAUUGAUAUCAUCUGUAGCUGAAUUGCAUGUCUUGCCAUGUUGAGAUCAGAGUAUAGAGUUUCUGCUUAUGUAAGAUGGCUAAUCCACUGCUGUUGCAAGAUAUUUAGUCACACUGACUCAGUUUAUUACAGUAAAUUUGCCAGUUGUCCCAUUGAGGUGACAUUUUCUCUGGUUAAAUAGUAAAAUGCAUGCAUGUUUGUAGUUACAGCAAUAGUGAGCAGCCAGGUCUGGCUCAUUGGCUGAAUACAACGUGCCAGCAGAUCAGAGCCUUGCACUCUGCUCAUAAGAGAGCCAAGCCAACAAAUGCUGGUGAGACAGAGACUGUGGAGGACUCUCCUCCUCCUGAGAGUUUCAGGCUGGACCACACACCAGUCACCCCUUAUUCAAGCUCCAUAAGGGAGAUGCUGAUGACAUUUGGGACCGCAACUUAUAAAGUUGGCCUUAAGGUGCACCCUAAUGAGCAGGACCCCCGUGUGCCUAUCAUGUGCUGGGGCAGCUGUUCUUGCACCAUCCAGUCUAUAGGUCAGUCUGCACCCAUUUCUUACGGACUAAGAAUUCAUGUAUAAGAUUUACAAUAUUCACUAACGUGUGUUAAGGGGUAGUUAGUAAAAAUGUUUUGCUUUUUGGUAAAGAACAUUAUGAUAUGCAUUUGUUGUUUUUCUGUGCUUGUACAGUGAGGGAAAAAAGUAUUUGAUCCCCUGCUAAUUUUGUACGUUUGCCCACUGACAAAGAAAUGAUCCGUCUAUAACUUUAAUGGUAGAUUUAUUUGAACA